CCAGCCAUGUCCCACCCUUUCUACAUGAGCAGUGUGUCCCAGGAGCACCGCUCUCCAGUACGCUCCAGCACCUUCAAGCCAAAGCCCAAAGAUGGGAGCUCUGAGCACAGGGGCGGCCAAGCCGAGAAGAAGGCCAGCAAGUCACCCUCACGGACUCCCUCCUCCUCCUCUUCAUCGUCGGAGAAGCAGGCUCCACAGGCGCCUACCAAAGACCCUGCGGACAAGCCCCUGGAUUUGUCUGCCAAGAUCAUGGAUUUUGAAGGCCCUCCCAAUGGACACUCCCCAAAACUUGAGGCCUUGGCUAAGCUGGGGUACCCUCCUCCCUCCGCUCGUUACGGACUGCCCCCCAGCCGCGAGCUCCUCAAAGAGACCCUCUCCCCCUCGUCCUCCGCGGCCGGCACUUCCUCCACCAAAACGCCAGAGAGGCCUGAGAUCAUUAGCACUUUACACUCCUCCUGGGUGGUGCCUAACACCACACCCACGCCCCCGGCUCUCAACCCAGACCCCGGCCAGAACAAAGGCCCCUCUGUGAUCAAAAACAAGAAUCUGGAGCACGUGGUUCCUCAGCAGAGGAGCUCCUCGUGCCCUCGCAUGGGUGAGGCCAACAAUGUCUUGGUUCCCACCCCUGCUCCAGCCCCUGCCCCAGCCCCUGUGAUCGUGACUCCCAUGGGUCGGCCCUCCUCUGCUUCACCUUCCCCGAAAGUGAAUGGCGAGUGGCCAAAAUCAAACCCAACUCCGCCGGUUACAAGUCGCGUCAACAGCCACCAGCAGUGUGUCAAAACAGCGAAAACCUCGAAAAAACCAGAGCCCCAAGAAAUCCCCUAUAAGCCCCAGCAGUCCCACUUGGAGAAUGGACACCCGACUGGCCAUCUGUACAUGCCCCAGAGUGAAGCCUAUUUGUCGCCCGGCCUAGCAUAUGCCAACCGUUACCACCUCCCCUACCCUGAGAGCAUGUCCCUAUCACAUUUGCAGUUGUCUGGCAAAGGUCCUGUUUACCCCCACCCUGUCCUGCUGGGCAGUUCCAAUCUCUACCCAGCCCGCCUGCCCCCAAAGCCCGGCAUGCCGUACGGCCUCCCGCCCACGCAUGGAGAGUAUUUGACUUAUCAUGACUCACAGGAGAUGGUCCACCCCCUCAUGUCCUCCCACCUGAGCAUGGACCCUAAAGUGAACGAGCGACUAGAGUUGCGCUCUCGGCCUCCCCAGGACAAACCCUGGCAUCACGAGGAGUCCCCCUACAAAAGGCCUGGCAUGUCUGACAGCGAGGCGGUCCACAAACCAGACCGCGAGGCUCCGGAAAAAGUGGAUGCCCUGAGCUCUAAAGCGAUGCACAACAAGCCCCAUGCUUUGGUGUCGGCCGCCGGGGGAAAGGAGGAGAUCAUUUGCAUCGACCUGAUCCAAGAUGACACAGAUGGCGGCGGCUCUCAGGCAAACAAAUACAGUGUGAUCACUGCCAAGAGACGCGAUCCCAGCAGGCCCGGCGGUGGCAGUGACGGGAAGGAGCCAGAGCUUAUGCAGAUCCUGCGCUGCGGCCAGCAGCCUGCCGAACUGCACCCAGCCGAGGCUGACGGCCAGCCUGAGCCCUCUGCCAGCCGGGCUCAGCCCCCGGAGCUGGAUGAGUGCCCGCGGCCAGAAUCAGCCGGCCACAGCCAGGAUGAGGAUAGUACGUCUGAGCACAGCCCCAUGCCCGACCUGUCGGAGGAGCAGACACUACGGUGCGCUCGUACCUCUGGCAAUAGGACCUCAGAUGAGUCCGAUUACAAAGCUGACCGGCACAGCAAUGGUGGUAGCAGCUGUAGCACUGCCGCCAUGCGCCACUACAUGGACCUAGGGCCCAAGGAUGCCCACAAGGAUGACGAGGAUCAUGAGGAUCUUGAGUCCCAUGGGGACGAAGAUGAGGGACAUGACUCCUGUAAAGGCCGGCGCACCAGCCUGACCAAGCGCAUUGCCAACUCCACAGGCUAUGUGGGCGACCGCUUCAAGUGCGUCACCACAGAGCUUUAUGCUGACUCCAGCAAACUGACCCGAGAGCAGCGUGCCUUACAGAUGGAAGUCUUAUCACAAGAGGACAGUAAUUUAAGUCAACUUGCUGCUAACUGUGAGCGUGCGAUGAUGCGCUUCUCGGAGCUGGAGCUGAAGGAGAAGGAGGGAGGUGUGGCGGUGAGCCGGGAGCUGGCAGCCGGCCAGCGCGGCGAGGGAGACUGGGAACACAGCCAAGCCUGCUCCAAGCCCGCGGCCACAGCCCUUACCGAGCAGCCAGAGAGGAACGGUGUGUUGACGACAUGUGCCAACAACAGGGUGCCCGUCCUUCAGCGCUGCAGUGGGCCGUUCGACAGCCACCUCGGCCGGCACCGCGACGAAGAUCGGAAAACGCGAGAGGAGGAGGAGGAGGAGGAGGAGAGACAGUGGGAGAGGGAGAGGCGAGAGGAAGGGAAGAGGCCAGCCGGCCAGCCCACAGCGGAAGGGCAGCCCCCCAAGGAUGGGGGCCAGGGCCCUGAGGCGGCCAGGAAACGCACAUACACCCUGGAGCUGGGCCAAGCCCACCCGGACCACAGGCAGCGGCAGGAGGAGAGGGGAGCGCCGGAGCGACAGCAGGAAAGGAAGGAGGAGGGGGCCAAGCCGGAGGAGGAGGAGGAGGAGGAGGAGGAGAUGGGCGUCCCAGCAAAGAGAACCAGGCUGCUGCACAUGGAUGAUUGGCGUGCUGUGGCCGAGCACCCCCACCACCACCACCAUCACCAACAACAACAACAACAACAACAACAACACCACCACCACCAACAACAACACCACCUACAACAACAACACCACCACCAACACCACCAACACCACCACCAACACCACCAACACCCCCACCCUCAUCACCCGCAGCAGCAGGUGCGACUGCCCCUCCCCACUGAGGAGGAAGAGGCGGAGGAGGUGAAGAACCUGAAGGUGUGCAUCGACAUGACGGGCCUGCGCCUCAACCGUCAGCGCCACCUCCAGCACCUCCAGCAACUCUGGGAGAGCCAGAGCCAGAGCCAGCUGCCCCCUGCCCUCACCCCCAGCCCGGGGCUCUACCGGCGGGAGCAGCCGGGAGCGCCGGGGCCCUUGGAGCUCCACCACCCGGCUGCAGCCGCUGCCAACAGCACGCCCAUCGCAGAGGCCCGGGAACGGGGGCUGGGGCUGGAGGAGAGGCCCGCUCCUAAGGGACCCGAGGCCGAGAGGAGGAGUUGGCGCGAGGAGGCACUGAUGGGGUUCAGGGACCCAGAUGCAGGUGUGCCUGCCUCGCCCCUGGCGCCCGCCCAUCGAGAGCGUCCCGACCAGCACUGUGUGAAGCCCUGCCUCCAGGCCCAGGCCCCGACCCUGCUGGCCGACAAGCGGGCGCACCUGCCCGACCACCCGGGGCCCGACGCCCAGACCACCCGGCUGCGUCGCCACGGCGAUCCGGAGAAGCCCAAGGGCAAGCGGCAGUGCAAGACCAAGCACCUGAGCCAGCGCGAGCGCAAGCUGCUCCAGACGGCCGAGGAGUGCCCUCAGCUCAGCCCUGCCCACAACAACAAGGCCAGCGCUGUCAAGCGUCCCUCACGCAAGAGGUCGGCCUCCCUGUCGGAUUACGAGUCGUCGCCGGUCAAGCCCUGCCCCCCCUCGCCGUGCUCCCCCGCCCCCCCUGCCUCGGCUACCCACACCCCCGCGGCCCCCCGCCUCCAGUGUCAGCCCACCGCGCCCUCCCCGGCCCCCCUGCCCCCCUCCUCCACGCCGUCCUCCCUGCCCGCCCCGCUGCCUGCUGGGAACGCUCCGCUGGCCACCGAUUCGCCCGUCAGCAGACCCAUGCCUCCGGAGGCGCGCCGGCUGAUCGUAAACAAGAACGCCGGAGAGACACUGCUGCAGAGAGCAGCGCGCCUGGGCUACGAGGAGGUGGUGCUCUACUGCCUGGAGAACAAGGUGUGUGAUGUGAAUCACCGCGACAACGCAGGCUACUGUGCUCUGCACGAGGCAUGCGCGCGCGGCUGGCUGUCCAUCGUUGAGCACCUGGUCCAGCACGGGGCAGACAUCAACUGCAGCGCACAAGAUGGAACUAGGCCUCUGCACGAUGCGGUAGAGAACGACCAUCUGGAUGUGGUGCGGCUGCUCAUGUCGUACGGCGCCGACCCCACGCUGGCCACCUACUCGGGCCGGACUCUCCUCAAGAUGACCCACAGUGACCUUAUGGAGUGCUUCCUGACUGAUUACUUUGCAGACCUGCAGGGCCGGGAGGACGAUGACCCGAGUCUCUACUGGGAGUUCUACGGCAGCGCAGUGUGUGAGUCCGCAGAGGACGCGGCGGCCUUCGACGUGCUGGCCAACCCCCCCGGCCCCGACGAGGACGAGCAGAAGGAGGUGUUUGAGUUUGAGUUCUCCGACCGGCCCCUGCUGCCCUGCUACAACAUCCAGGUGUCCCUCUCCCAGGGACCCAGAAACUGGCUGCUCCUCUCCGACGUUCUCAAGAGGCUCAAGAUGUCCGCCCGGGCGUUCCGCGCCACCUUCACACACAUCGAGGUGGCCACCAUCGCCGAGGCCGAGUUUUACAAGCAGGCGUCCCUCAGCCAGUUGUUCUCGUGCCCCGAGGAGCUGGAGGGCUUCAUGCCGGACAGCAAGGAGCUCCUGGACCUGGUGGAGAUCAGCUCCUCCCUGGUGGCCCUGCUGGGUUCCUCCCUGGAAUGUGUGGACGACUGCUGGGACACCAUAGCAAAGGCCAGGUCGUGACUGGGAAAGGCCUAGUAGCCCUCAGCAGCCCUCAGCCCUUGCUGCACCAAGCCUGUAAAUAGUGUACAUACCAGAGCUGGAUCUGUAGGAUUUGGACCACCAUCUUGUCCACCGAAAACAAAAUGGAGGACGCACAGUGGCCAGAACCGCUCAGAUGGACUCUAUAAUUUAAGCAGUUAUGUUUUUAUAAAUAUGGAAUCUAUAUAUACAGUUAUUGUUGUCCUUUAAUUUGUGAUUAUAAUAAUUAUAUAUAAAUAUAUACAAAAAUAUAUAUGUACAGUGUGCUGCCUUCUUUGGUCUGGUUUGGUUUAGUUUUCAUUUUGACUUUUGGAGUUCUGUCUCAGAUGUAAGGCAGGCAUACAGUUAAUGGGGUCUGUAGGAUGAAAGGAGUUCGAUUUAUGAGGUCAAAGUGCGUUUUCGUCGGGCUCAGUGUUCUGAAUGUGUGGUUGUAAUUGACAAGGUGCACUUCCUGAUGACUGGAGACUGGCUCCUUAAAGGGAGACCUAUAUUCGCGAGCCACUUUUUAAUAUGCUCUCUGUUUUGUUUUUCAUAUUUAACCCUAACAAAAACGGUUUUGUAUCCGUGCUGAAGCUUGGCUUUUAUCCUGGACACUUAUUUAUGGUUAGGGAUUUAAAAUAUUUUGGUUUUUUUCUGUAAAAUGUUAAAAGUAAUUGUAAGAUACUAAUGCGUUUGUUUAGGCCAGAAACAUGCUUGAACUUGUAAAUAAUUGGUUGAGAAUUUCAGUCACCUGUUUCUGACUCGUGUGUUCAUCGUUUUUGGAGAUGUGUUUAAACUUUGUAAUUAAAUACGCUAUCAUUUGUAUUUAUAUUUUACAAAAAAAGUUCCUUUAAAUAAAUGACAACAAUUAGAAUCUC